GAGAGCUCUCCUUCAAUGCUCCCUUUGCGGCAGUGCCUGGCUUCCCCUCUUCUGCUGCAAAAACAGAACGAGAAGGUUUUAAAAGCACAGUACUUCUCUCCUUGGAAGGGAGAGCAACAGAUGUACAAGCUGGACAUAGGCUGGCCUAAAACUCCAGAAGACUUCACUGGCCAAACGUUUUGUGUUGCUGUUGAUUCUCUCCAUGGUUUGGUCUAUGUUGGACAACGGGGAGACAAUGUGCCAAAGGUACUUGUAUUCUCACAAGAAGGCUAUUUCCUUCACUCCUGGAAUGAUACAGUUGAAAUGCCUCAUGGUAUCUUUGUAUGGAACACUGAAACAGGAAGUUCAGUGUGGAUCACGGAUGUUGGAACAGGGAAAUAUGGUCACACAGUGAAACAGUAUAGCCCUUUGGGUAAACUUCUCCAGGUCUUGGGCACACCAGGUAAUGCUGGUUCAAGCUUGAUACCCCUGCAGUUUGAUCAACCAGCAGAGAUCUUUGUGGAGGAAACUGGAGAAGUCUAUGUCGUUGAUGGAGACGGAGGAAUGAACAACAGAUUGCUCAAAUUAUCAGAUGACUACAAAGAGAUAUGGCUGACUGGAUCAAAUGGGAGCGGCAUUGGUCAGUUCAAGAUUCCUCACAGUGUAACUGUGGAUGCUUUUGGACGGGUGUGGGUUGCAGACAGAGGCAACAAGAGAAUCCAAGUUUUUGACAAAGUCACAGGAGAAUGGCUCGGGUCUUGGAGUGGCUGUUUUUCAGAAGAUGGACCCUAUUCUGUCAGGUUUACUGCUGAUUACAAAUACCUGAUUGUAGCUCAGCUGAAUAUCAACCGGUUGGCAAUCUUGGCAGCACCUCCAGUUGGCUCCAUUGGGGACUGUGUCGUGGUCCACAGUAUCCAGCUGGCUGAUGAAACCAAACCACACCUUGUGGAUGUAGACAUGAAGAGUGGAGCAGUCUAUGUUGCAGAGAUUGGAGCCCAGCAAGUACAAAAAUAUAUACCCUUAAGCUGAUAGUUUCCCACAACUGCCAUGGCACAAGUGCUGUAACAUUUAUGACCUGUGACUACAUUUCCUUGAGUUCUUUAUAGUUUGUGUUUCCUUAGACAAGUACAGAACUUCACAAGUGCCCCCAGAACUCUAGAGCUAAGACUCUGUCCUAGAUGUUCUGGAGUUCUGGAGAAAUACUUGGUCUUGAGCUGCUACUUGUUUAAGUACUGAUAUGGUGACUUUUACUUUUGUUGCAAUUGUAAAAUGAUAAGCAUUUUAAUUUUAUUAUAUAAAACCUAACAAACACAAUUGUUGAUCUUAAAUGUAUGGGGUCAACUUGGGGCUCUACUUAGGCUGUGUGUUGUAUAUGGUCAGAAAUGUCUGAAAGAAGUUUUAUAAGUUAUUUCCUGGGAGAAGAGCAUUUUGUUUCAAUGUUUCUUCACUUUGUUUUUUGAAUGGUUGUGCUGAUGCUGUCCAGCAGAAAAUAUAAAGAUGUGUCACAAUGUUAAAUUAGAUGCUGCUGGAUAUUGGUGUCAGUACUGACACUGGCAUCUGCCUUAGGUGGUUAAUGACAUAAGUAUUGAAAUCUGUUUUCAGCUCUAGCUAAAUCCAUGAAGUCUGUAAUAAGCUUCAGCUAAAUUGAUAUUAGACACUUCAAACCAAAUUAAAAGUAUCUGCACAGCAGCCAAGUACUGAUUCUUAACUAAAUUAGUUCUUAACCUUAUUUGAUUUAUAUCAGCGUGAGUUUUCUGUUCCAUAAGAUUUCAUAGUGGAACAUAUUGAGGUUCAAGUCAUGUCAGUUCCUCAAGAAAAACAAAUUGCAAUUUGCUAGGAAAGUCUUAAUCAGCAGUAGGGACUGGGAGACAUACGAUUUUCUUCUGAUUCAGUUGAAGGUCUGUCAGUUAACAGCAAAGCAUCUGUUUUAAUUUAUUUCCAGAACUCAGACUUCAUCAACUCUAUUAAUGUGUAGAGUUAAGUUUCUUACACUAUAUUAUAGCAGAUGUCUCUAAGCUCUGUCCUAAAAAAUCCUACUUCUCCAUUCCCAGAACAAAGUGGUUCUGCUUUCUUUACAUGUUGCUACAAGAU